UGCCAAAACCGAUUUAGAUGGGGGGUCAAAUGUCAAACACUAUCAAAUUUCACAGUGUUUCUUAUAAAAAAGAGUUAGUGAUGUGGCAGUAAGAGAGAGAGAAGAGAAACGACAUUCUCUAUCAUUAAUAACGCUAUUGAUUUAUUUUACAUUGCGAUUUUGAAGGAAUUAUUCAGUAGAAUCUACACACUGUUAAAUUCACAAAAGAUGGCUAGAAUUCUUUUGCAUCUGUUGAUGCUGAUUUCUACAACGAUUCCAAGUUUUUGUUUUGAAAAGGAUAACAAAGAACUGCUACUUGUGACCAUAGCAACAGAAGAAAAUGAUGGGUUAAGAAGAUAUAUAAGAAGUACAAAGAAGUAUGACUUGGAAACAAAGGUCUUUGGUUUAGGUUUGGAUUGGCGUGGCGGGGACAUGACCAAUACUGGCGGGGGUCAUAAGAUCAAUAUAUUGAAAGAAGAACUGUCCCAGUAUAAAGACAGAAGUGACUUGAUUCUUAUGUUUACAGACAGUUAUGAUGUUGUUGGUCACAGCUGGAGCAUCAGAGAUUCUAGAAAAGUUCAACAAGAAGAGGAUUAUCCAUCUAUUGUACUGGGAGUGUUUGUGGAGCAUCCAACACCAUUUCUUAGAGAAGCCUUACAGAAGAUUGCAGCAUUAGAUUAUCCUAAACAGAAAAUUGAUUUCUUUAUUCAUUCAUCAUUAAGAAAUCACCAGAAUGAGAUAGAUUUAUUCUUGAACAAGGUUGGAAUAUUGUACAAGUCUGUCAAUACUAUAGGUUCAUAUGACAGUAUUGGUGAAGCAGCAGCCAGGAACUGGGCCAUAGAAGAAUGUAUAAAGAAAGAUUGUCAGUAUUUCUUCAACGUGGAUGGUGAUGUUCAUCUUGAAAAUGAUCAAACAUUAAAACUAUUGAUACAUCAGAACAGAUCAGUUUUAGCUCCAAUUGUUACUAGACGUGGUAAGGCGUGGUCUAAUUUCUGGGGAGCUCUCAGUGCCACAGGUUUCUACGCUCGGUCGGAAGACUACAUGGAUAUUGUUCAUGGUGAUAAAAUUGGAUUAUGGAAUGUUCCAUAUUUGACAGGGGUGUAUCUGGUGCAAGCACAUGUUUUACCUGCAUUGAGAAAUGGGUAUGACUCUGACAGUCUGGAUGCUGAUAUGGCAUUAUGUAAAACUUUGAGAGAAAAGGGUUAUUUUAUGUUUGUUACAAACAGGAAAGAGUUUGGUUACCUGAUCAACUCAGAUGGAGCACAGACUGGUAGACUUCAUAUUGAAUUAUGGGAAAUAUUUAAUAACCCGUACGAUUGGGAGAAACGAUACAUACACCCAAAUUACUCACACAGUUUAGCAGAAAAUGCUGUCAUAGAACAGCCAUGUCCUGAUGUUUUCUGGUUCCCGGUAAUGACAGAAGUGUUUUGUGAUGAGAUAGUAGCAGAGUUAGAAAAUGUUAACAUGUGGUCGGGGGGCAAGAGCGAGGAUACUAGGUUAGCCGGUGGUUACGAGAAUGUUCCUACUGACGAUGUCCAUAUGACACAGAUUAACCUACAGAAUCAAUGGCUGGAAUUCUUACGUGUUUAUGUAGCUCCCCUAGCAACCAAAGUUUAUCCUGGAUACUAUAGUAAUCUUCCUCGAGCUUUAUUAAACUUUGUAGUGAAGUAUAACCUAGAACGUCAGAAAGAGCUGCGGCCCCAUCAUGAUUCAUCUACAUUCACCAUCAAUAUUGCCCUCAAUACUCCAAAACUAGACUAUGAGGUAAUUAUAGUGACUACAAGGUAA